ACAUCCAAGAUCAAAAGUUGUAGCAUGACACACAGUUAAAGAGCAUUAGGAGGACUGCGCUGUGGUUGCUCCGAUUGGCUGUUGAGGCUACGUCAACCAUUUCACGACGUUUUUUGCGGUGUGAGCCUGUCCUGCAGAUAGUGGAGUGAGGCUGUGGGGCUCUGUGAAGCAGUGCAGGGAAUACCGACGGAAUACUUUUCUUCUGGUGUGGGGGUUCAAGGGGGUCGAAGCGACCGCAGCCUCAUAGGAGUUUUUCCACUGAAUGCUCCGUGCUUAUUUACACUGUAGCUGAAGAUAUUCGUUUGGAUUUACGUCCAAAAGCAAGAAAAUGACACAUUUCAAUAAGGGGCCAGCCUACGGAUUGUCUGCUGAAGUGCGAAGCAAAAUUGCUCAGAAAUAUGACCCACAGAAGGAGGAGGAACUCCGCUUCUGGAUUGAGGAGGUAACAGGAAUGUCUAUUGGAGAGAACUUCCAGAAGGGCUUGAAAGAUGGAGUCAUACUCUGCGAACUGGUUAAUAAGCUGCAACCUGGUUCAGUAAAGAAAAUCAACCUUUCACAACCGAACUGGCACAAGCUGGAAAACCUUGGGAAUUUCAUCAAAGCUAUCUUGGCUUAUGGCCUAAAGCCCAAUGACAUCUUUGAGGCCAAUGACCUGUUUGAAAAUGGGAACAUGACUCAAGUCCAGACCACACUGCUUGCAUUGGCCAGCAUGGCCAAGACCAAAGGUAUGGACACAAAAAUUGAUAUCGGGGUGAAAUAUGCAGACAAACAAGCUCGACAUUUUGACGAUGAGAAGAUCAAGGCUGGUCAGUGUGUCAUUGGACUGCAGAUGGGAACAAACAAGUGUGCAAGUCAGGCUGGAAUGACUGCUUAUGGAACCAGAAGACAUCUGUAUGAUCCAAAGACUCAGACGGACAAACCCUAUGACCAAACCACCAUCAGCCUGCAGAUGGGAACCAACAAAGGAGCUAGCCAGGCAGGCAUGUCAGCCCCUGGUACCCGCAGGGACAUCUUUGACCAGAAGGUUGCGCUGCAGCCGGUGGACAACUCCACCAUCUCCCUCCAGAUGGGCACCAACAAAGUCGCGUCUCAGAGGGGUAUGAGUGUGUACGGCCUGGGUCGACAGGUCUAUGACCCCAAAUACUGCGCCCCCCCAACAGAGCCGGUCAUCCACACAAAUGGCAGCCAAGGCACCGGCACCAAUGGCUCAGAGAUCAGCGACAGUGACUAUCAGGCCGAAUUCCAGGAUGAUGAUUACCACAGAGGUUAUCAUGACGACUACAGCUCCCAUUACAGCGAUCAGGGCAUCAACUUUUAGUGGAAUCCUCCACCUAGAGAGCAGUAUUAACAAGGGUAUAUUAUAAACUGCAGAACAGAUCAAGUCUUUUGCUAUCCUCACUAGUCUGUUUUUUCUCUUGAAGCAUAAAAUGAAAUGCCUUGAGUGCUUUUCUUCCUUACCUAGACUCUUUGUUCUGAAAAGCAAAGGUUGUAAGAAGUUGUAGUGCCAUAGAAUAAUGAGAUACAGUAAUGGAAAUGUUUUUUUUAAAAAAAGCAUAAGAGCAUUCUUUUUAAUACCUACUUUUUUAAAAAAAGAUGUCUUUAUGAUGGAACACUGAAGUAGUGAGUACUUUGUGGACCAAUGGUGUAGCAUCAGGUGAAACUGCUGCAUUCCGGUGUUGGUAUUUCUGGACUGAAACUGUGCUAAUGGUCCAUGUGAAAGGAAUUCCCAUGUGUAGUCUUACACCUCCCCUUUCUGUAAUCAUAAACCCAGCCACAGUUUGUAUUCUGUACACUUUUUUUUUUGCUCCAUUUAAUCACUAGUUUUUGCUUUUUUCAAUUCUUAUGAUGUUGAGCACAAUGACUAAUAUAGUGCAGAUGACCAAACUCACAUUGACUCGAUUUUAAAAACUAGGCUUCUGUUUUCCGUCUCAAGACAUAUAUUUUCAUAUUGUUCCCUUUGUAUCCCAAACUGUAUUUAUUAGAAUUACUACACAAGUCCACUGUUGUAUGGUUGGUGUAGAAAAAGUUGGAUUAUAAAUAAAGCCUUAAAUUCUUAAAUGCUCAAAGCCUGUCUGCGCACUAUUGUUACAAACAUAUUACAUGUCUGUACUGGAAGAAGGUGCUACAUUCCUCAACAUGUUAACAAAGUCAGUUCAUGCUGCAUUUUAUACUUUGGAAAGACUGACCCUAGUAAGUUAUAGUAACAUGGGGGCUGAUUUGCAAAAAACAAAUGAAAAAAACAAAACCCAAAAAAACUGUCUAUAGCAAUCAUACUGAUAUGAAUCAAAUGUAUGUCAUGACUAUUUUAAACAAAGUACAAGAAAAGUACAAGAGCUCUGCUAUGACAAUGUAAGAAAGAUAAACAACCGUUGAAUCUGUAAUGUAUUAUGAUGCAAUAAAUUAAUGUAAUUUAUCAGUGUAUAAAAACAGGUAAGCAUUUGUCCUUGGUAUGUAGCGCUCCAUUGUUGUUGUUCCUUCAUUAACACAUACUGUAGUUUAAUUUGACUCACUUUCACAUCAGGCCAAAAUGUCUGAGGUUAUUAGGGACAUUAUUUAGAAAUACCAUGCACAUAACUAUUUUCAGCAAUAGUGGUUGUACAAAUGUUGCUGAGCCCAUGUAGUGAUUAAUAUCUUUUAUUUAACUGUGUUUCACAAGCCCGUUUUUGUUUGCGAACAACUGGGCCUUUAGAGGAUGCCUGUUUCAUAUCCAGUUAUAGUAUCACCUUUUAAUACUGAAAAUUAUUAGAGAGUUUUUUUAACCCUUCCCAUAUUUGCAUCUUUAAUAUUGGGUAAUUAUUUCCAAAUGUUUUUUUUCCCUCAUAAGCUAUUGUUAAGAGUGCCCCCAUAAUUUCAGUAAUAAAGUGGAGCUGAAACAAUUAGUAAAUUCUUCAGUUACUUGUUCGAGAGAUUAAAAAUCAUUCUUUUUUGUGGCCUUUUUGACCGUCAGUAAAUGCAAAACAUGUUGCAGUGACCCAAAUUCUGAUGAUCAUUCGCCCCAUCUCAUAGUUUUUCUGCUACAUGCAUGUUUGCUGCUGUCAAAUAAAAUAACGACUGGUUGAAGAGC